GACAAGACAACAUGUCGAGGGUUGCAAUGUGUUCGUGUGGGCACAGAGGAUCCCAGCAAGAACAACCUGGGGUAAGUGCCUCAGCUCCAUAUAUUCAACUGUGUAUGUAUAUGGUCCUUUCCUCCCCAAUCUCAUACAAGUACAUCAAGCACUGCAUCUGAUCAACCUUGAAGCUCCUUCCUUGUUGUGUGCGUGUGCAUCAUACACUUUGUCUCCUCCCAGACCUUUUCCUUGACUUUUCCUCUCUCAACUUGCGAAUGCAGUAACACCAUCUCCCAACCGACAGAAUGACUGUGACCGUACCAGAGACACGCCGACCCUCACGGGCCUCCCGCCAUGAAGACCGAGAGGAACAAGAUGCCGAACUCCUCGCGGCCUUGGGCCACGAACAGCAACUCUCCCGCCAGUUCAAUAUGUGGAGUAUGCUUGCCCUCGCCUUCACCGUCCUCGGAACAUGGUCGACCCUCGCUCAGAACCUAGCCACCGGUCUCCGAGCAGGCGGUCCCGUCAGCAUCCUCUGGGGUCUGGUGCUAGUCACAUUCUGCAACCUCUGCGUGGCAGUCUCCCUGGGCGAAUUGACCAGCAGCAUGCCCACCGCUCUAGGCCAAGCAUACUGGAUCUUCCGCCUCUACAACACCCCCCUCGGCCGCUUCAUCUCGUACAUGUGCGCCUGGAUCAACACAUUUGGAUGGUGGACAUUGACGGCCUCUCAGACGGCAUUCAUGACCGACUUCAUUCUCGCGAUGAAAACCAUGUUCGAUCCGGACUGGGCUGCAGCAGGGUACGGCUGGGUGGAAUUCCUCAUCUACGUCGGCCUCACCGCUUUAUUGACGUUCAUCAACAUCAUCGCCUGCCGCAAAGACCGCGUCCUCCCUUGGAUCAACAACGUGGUCGGCGUGCAAUUCUCCGUUUUGUUUCUCGCAAUCGCGAUGGCAUUGUUGAUCUCCGUCGGCAUCAAAGCCCAUCUAGCCUACCAAUCUGGCCACUUCGUGUUCGGCACCUGGAUCAACCAGACCGGCUGGCCCAGCGGGGUCAUCUGGUUUACUGGGCUUGUCCAAUCCGCCUACGGUCUGACCGCAUUCGACGCUUGUAUUCACAUGGUCGAAGAGCUGCCCUCUCCAAGCAAGACCGGGCCCAAAGUAAUAUGGUUGUCCGUCGCGAUCGGAUCUCUUACCGGUUUCAUCUUCAUGAUGGUAUGCCUGUUCUGCGUGCAGGACCUCGAUGCCCUCGCCAACGCCGACCUGCCAUUCAUCGAACUGUGCCUGGAAACCAUGGGUCUCACCGGCGCCGCCGUAUUAUUAGCGCUGUUCAUCAUCAACGGUGUCGGCCAGAACAUCAGUAUCAUGACCACCGCGAGCCGUCUGACCUGGGGAUUCGCGCGUGACGGCGGAUUGCCCUUCGACAGGUAUCUCGCCGUCGUGAGCACGUACUGGUCCGUCCCUGUGAGAUCACUCUGGGCUCAAGGCAUUCUUAUCGCCUUAAUCGGUAUACUGUACUUAUUCGCCAACACUGUCCUCGAAGCUAUCUUGUCAGUGAGCACCAUCGCCCUGACGAUCUCUUAUGCGCUGCCCAUCGCAGUGCUGCUGUAUGUCGGCCGCGACAAAUUGGUUCCCGGACCUUUCACACUCGGUCGCUACGGCCAUGCAGCCAACGUGGUCAGUCUGAUUUAUUGUUCGAUUACAACGGUGUUCUUCUUCUUUCCUUCGGACCCGAACCCGGCGCCUGCGGAUAUGAAUUGGGCGAUUGCCGUCUUUGGGGUCAUGCUGGUUAUUGCGGUGGCAUUCUGGUUCAUUCAGGGGCGGAGAUCGUAUCUGAAGACAGAGCAGUCUUUGUUGAGAAGUGUGAUGAGCCAAGAAGCAGAGGCUGGCGUGGUGCCACUACCACUACCGUCGGAUGACCCUGUAGAACGCGUGAAAAGUGUAUGAGUUGUCCUGAAAGGAUGCGAGUAGUAGAUGUAAAAUCAAUUGCAGUACCAUAUUCCAUCAGGGGUAUUUCUUCUUUCUUCA